UUAAUUACUUACACCAAAAGAAAUGGGUGAUACAAUGGAAACAGUCAUUCCUGGAUUAUUAAAACACUUUUGUAGAUGACCCAACUCAAUCUCAAGCUAUAAAUGGCACCCUCUUGAGCACAACCACUGCAAAACCAUUGUCUGAAGAAGAGCCCUUUUCAUAAGAAGUAGAAAUGGAAACACAGGAGGAGGUGAAGUUAUUAAGUCUAUGGGCGAGCGGGUAUGGAUUGAGUGUGCAACUGGCUCUGAAAGCCAAAGGGAUCAAUUUCGAAUAUAAAGAAGAAGAUAUCAUUAAUAAGAGCGAGUUAUUGAUAAGCAGCAAUCCGGUGUACAAGAAGGUUCCUGUUCUCCUUCACGAUGGCAAAUCCAUUUGUGAGUCUCGUCUAAUCAUUUAAUACAUAGAUGAGACCUGGCCUGAAAUGCCUCGUUUGCUUCCUAACGAUCCAUACCUACUUUACCUUGUGCGUUUCUGGUCUGACUACAAGGAUAAGAAGCAAUCUGAGAGAAUGGUUCAUCUUCGUAGUCUUAAGCUUAUAAGGGAAGAAGAGAGGUCUGCUGUGAUGAGACGCUUGGAGGAAGAGUAUAAUGAAAUGAUAUUGACUAUGGAGGCAGGGAUAGCAGAGCUGGAGCAGAGAGGAUGCCUCUAUGAUGGCAAGAGUUUGAAAUACAUGGAUGUUACUUUCGCUCCUUCGAUGGCUUGGUUUGGUCCCAUUGAGAAGCUCAUGGGCUUCAAGGUUAUUGACAAUGAGAAAUGCCCAUGCUUAUAUAAACGGGUUCACAAUCUCAUGGGAAACCAAGUGGUCAAAUCAACACUACCGGAUGGUGAUAAAUUGAUGGCCUAUGCUAAAAGUGCAUGGUGAUUGGAAUGAUUCAAUCAUGUAAUCCACAAUAAUGAAAUAAUCAAAACUAAGAUUUUGCAGCUGGCCCAUGACUAGCUGAGGUUUUCUCCUAAAUCUAAGUCAAUUUCCUAUAACAUAUAACAUAUAUUGGGUUCUUAUCAA